GGCCAGGUGUUACAACUUGCUCCUCGAUUCGUCCAGGCAGUGAUAACACGUGGCGAACGCUCCACUCAGGAUGGUUUCCGCUCUCGUCUCGAACAGCUAGGCGAUUGCAGUUCGCCUCUCCCUUUCCGUGGCCUGUCCGUCGGCGUUCAACGAUCGCUUCAGGCCCGAAAAGUCGCUUCGAUGACUGGUACUGUCUUUCUGACGUUCACUCUCGCUUGCCUGUCGCCGUGUCUGGCGCAGAUGCUCGAGGACAAGGAUGAUCUCACGGGGAGAAAUGGAAGCAAGCUGUUGGCAAGUUGCUCGCGGCGACCGAGGGCUCUUGUUUUCCCAGAUCCAUCUCAGUUCCUGCUAAUCUUUGGGCUGGGCACACCCUUGCAACUAGAACGGGAAAGCGUGAUUAUCGGUAUGUUUACGAAGAUCAUAUACGCCAUGCCUUCCAACGCGACGGAUUACACCAUCCCGGGAGUCUAUUACUCCCGAACGCAGAAGAGCAGGUGGAGCAUUUACAAGACGUUGGAAAAGGUCGCCGGUAUAUACGGAUUCGGCGGGAAAGCCUGCCUAUUGAAGGCCAUUUGCGAAGCUGCGUCUGCUCCUUUCGACGGGCGUUACGGUUUACUGGGACAGCUGUUGCACGUCUUCUUCAAGCCUUCGAGCACCGAGGAACGUUACGACGAGUACGGGGAUCGUGAGUACCGCGCGGCCGAACGUUUGGGCGAGCAGAUGUCGACGGAAAACUGCCACGCCCUUUAUCCAGAAUGCCGCAGAAGUGUGCUCGACGUGUUCUCCACGGUGAUCACGUGAGCCCUCUACACCGCCACGGAACGGGUCCCUAUGAAGAAGCCACGGGGACGAGGAUGCGAAUGGAAAUUCCGCUCGUUAAUUUCGGGGUUGAAUCACGGCAUCACCGAUCGUCCGAUUUUGCCUCGUUUCUUCCGGCCAGUCACUGCGAAAUUUGUAACUCUUUGAGCGAACAAGAAAAGAAGAGGAGAAGAAAUUGAUGGUUGAUUAACGUUGUGGUAAAACAGAGAGGGACUGGAAAAUUGCGAAUUUUCUUCUCAAAGGGUUUGUCAUCAAACAAGAGAUUACAUUUAAGGAAAUAUUUAUUCUCGUAGAUGGUCUCUCGAAGUUUUUAUUAAGGUACUAUAAAUUAACCACUUGAAAGAUAGGCUAAUCGCCUUUUGUGCGAUUAGUUUAUCUUUCAAAUUUUCUUGGAUUCAACAUUGAGAUUCUUUUGCAUAAGAAUUUGUGUUGUAAAGAGCUGGAAAGUCUCUUCUGCUUGGCUUUACGUCAUUCUACGCAAUUUCCAGCAGUAUAAUAGACGCGAUCGUUUAAACAACACGUGCCCUUUUUUCGUGUGUUUGUUAAUCUAACUAAUUAUUACAGUCGACUGUUAUCUUUUCAAUUUUCAAUAGAGGUGUCAAAAAACUAACUAUUCAUUUAGGAGCUACGUAAAGAAUUACCCAGCCUUACUUAUAUUUUACCAAAUUUCCUGUUCAAAUAAUCAAUGUCGUCGUUAUUAUUUCAUAAGUUUGAAAUGACGUGGCGACGAGAACAAUGUAUAUUUUUUAAAUACUGAAAGUACAGAUCGUUUAAUUACAGCAGUAGUUGAAUUCGAGCGAUUAUCAUUAAUAAUAUCUAUCAAACUAUAUAUUUUUUUUAAAGAGAAUUUGGAGCUGUAUCGAUUAAUGGAUUAAAAAACAUAUUGUCCUUAAGAAAGUGGAAGUGAUCUUGGAAUUUCCGAAAUACUUUCACUUACGAAAAAUUAAUUACUGUCAUAUUAUAGCUGUAACUUCUGUUAACAACAUUUUUCCAUGUCUCUAAAAAUAACGAGGAUAUAAGAAAAGAAAGAAUAACAGGUGUUGUUAUCAUUUCGAAAGGUAUCUGAACAAGUCUAGUACUAACAGAAGCAUCAAAGUGAUCUAAACGAUCGUAAUUCAUAAUUUUUCAUUCGAAAUUUUAUAGACAAAUAGAACAACGUAUUUUAAUAGAUUACAUCGAUAAAAUAAAUUUUUAUAGUCUAUUAAAGUAUCUUCUAAAGUAAAAUUCUAUAUUCUUCGUCGUUUUACAAACCUUUUCUUAUUUCUUGAACUUUAAUAUCCUCGGCACAAGGUUUGUAAACUUUAAUCUAGUUCUAGCAUUAACUGAGUCCACAGAUUAAAAGUUGCGGAUUAUAAACUUUGAUAACUUGAAAAACAUAUUUACAAAAUUUCAUCUAUCUCGUUCUCAAAUCUUUAUUAACGUUGUUAUCCAAAAAAUGUGUUAAUAUUGUAUAAAAUUUCAUGAAAAUAAUAUCAGUGCAAUAUACACCAUUGGCAUACUGCGGAUUUUCACGUAAAUAUUUUUCAUAUCUUUGCAAAUAAUUUAAAAUAAUUUAAAAUGUCGAAGUAUUUCGUAUAAUGAAUGUAUUGUAUU